AGUUCGUGGAAACGCGAAGCAUUGUGAAUUCCGGUUCUCUCUUCAUUCUGCUGCCCCACGUUUCUCUCAGUCUCCACUGACCCAGGAGAGCCGCGACGUUGACUGAGGGUUCCGUUACCUACAUUUCUUGCCGGUCCAAAAUCUUUUAUCGGGUUUGUGUUUCUUUUCACCAACAACUCUCUAACGAAGCCUCAGCCAUGGCGGCGAGUGCAAAGAAAAAGCAGGAGGAGAAACACCUGAAGAUGCUUAGAGAAAUGACGAGUUUGGCCCCUAACAGAAAGUGCUUUGACUGUGAUCAGCGCGGCCCGACCUAUGCCAACAUGACGGUGGGCUCUUUCGUCUGUACCUCCUGUUCAGGCAUCCUACGAGGCCUGAACCCUCCCCACAGAGUGAAGUCCAUUUCCAUGACGACGUUCACGCAGCAGGAAAUUGAGUUUCUACAGAAACACGGGAACGAGGUAUGCAAACAGAUAUGGCUGGGCCUGUAUGACGACAGAACCUCGGCCGUCCCAGACUUCAGAGAACCGCAGAAAGUCAAAGAGUUCCUUCAAGAAAAAUACGAGAAAAAGAGAUGGUAUGUUCCUCCAGACCAGGCGAAGGUGGUAGCAUCUGUCCAUGCCUCCAUCUCUGGUUCGUCUGCCAGCAGCACCAGUAGCACCCCCGAGGUACGACCGCUCAAAACAUUACUGGGGGACUCCGCACCCACUCUACAUCUCAACAAAGCCACCCCCAGCCAGUCUCCCGUAGUGUCACGUGCUCAGAUGAGCCAACAGCAGUUUCAGGAGAAAAAGUUUGACCUUCUCAGUGACCUGGGCGGAGACAUCUUCGCUGGCCCGCCCUCUCAGUCCGCUGGCUCCGCCAACUUUGCAAACUUUGCACAUUUCAACAGCCAUCCAGCGCAGAAUGCUAACGCAGGUGCAGACUUUGCCAACUUUGAGGCGUUUGGGAAUUCUGCCGCUGCUGCCGCCGCCACUGCUCCAGCUCCAUUCCCAUCUGCCCCUCAGGCCCCUUUCCCGCCCGCCCCGGCAGCGUUCUCUGCUCUCUCAUCCAGCCACAGUAUGGGUGAGUUCACCUCUGCUCCGCCGUUCCUCCCUGCACACAGUGGCUCCACGGGAUUGGCGAACGCCAAUUUCGCAAAUUUCGACAACUUCCCCAAGUCGUGUAGCGCCGACUUCGGCUCCUUCGGCUCUUGCCCGAGCGACUUGACGGGAGGGCAGGCCAAGGGCUCCGCCAAGGGAGGCAGCAUCCCCGCCGACCGCUACGCCGCCCUGGCCGACCUGGACAACAUCUUCAGCUCAGGCAAACCCGAACAAGGCGGCGGUGGUUCCAGCGGAGCAAGCUCCGCUCCUCCGUCAGCAGGAGCGGGCCCUCCCCCGGCUCAGGUGGCAGUGUCAGGGGGAGAUCGCUACGCCGCCCUGGCCGCGCUGGACAACGUCUUCAGCUCCUCCGCUCCGCCCACCAGCGUUUACAACAGCAGCAGCACCACACAAGGGAGCGUGUUCGGGACUGGAACGGGCGUGACCGCCUCCCAGCCGCAGCAAGGCCUUCAGGACUUUGCAGGCACCUCAACAAAUCCGUUUGUAGCUGCAGUACCACCGACUGCCGCCGCCACCAACCCCUUCCAGACCAAUGGGAGAGCAGCAGCCGUGGCAUCAGCAGCCUCCUUCGGCACAGGGUCGAUGAGCAUGCCGGCUGGGUUUGGGAAUGCUCCUGCCUACAACCUCCCAACCAGCUUCAGCGGAACCUUCCAGCAACCUUUCCCCGGUCAGGCCUUCCCACAGCCGCAGGCCUACCCACAGCAACCCAACGGUUUUGCAGCUUUCGGUCAAGCUAAGCCUGUGCUCACUCCGUUUGGACAGACCAUGGCUGGACCCGGAGUCUCAAGUAACCCUUUCCUUGCCGGAGCCCCUGCCGGACAGUUCCCAUCGGGAAACUCCUCUACAAAUCCGUUCUUAUAGCAUGCCCUGUCCCAACAGCGCCACCUACUGGGCUGGAUCUGCGGCGUGUUCGCACCUCUUGCACUGUUUUGUUUCACAAGUAGCUUUAAAAAAAAAAAAAGAAAAGGAGAAAACAAACAUGUUUCUAACGUUUUUAUUGAAUUUUAAGAACAAAGCAAAAGACUCGAUCCAAACGACAGCGGAGAUGGCAUCUGUGACAAUAUCCAUGGCAACUGUAAACAAAACAAGGUAUUGGGGUGCAGAGAGAGAGAGAGAGAGGAAGUUUCUCUCCUUUCUCUCGUGUUUAACCUGUGAAACUGGCCUGGCCCGGGAAAUCUUAUGUUCAAAAUGGCUGAUAAUAAGUUAUUUGAAAAACGUCCCACUCAUUUAUGCUGCAAUCCUGUACAUAAUUUUUUUUUUCUUUUUCUUAGGAAAGAGGCAAAAAUUUAGCUCUUUGUGCAUAUCAGUAUUUGUAUCUUUAACACACACGUUUUAAGUCGGCGCCGUUACCAGAGGGAAUUUCCUGCUUACAUGAAGAGCCAAGUCAGCCCUCGUGUUCCCAACCCCCCCCCCCCCCCCCGGACAUUUCAGCAUCCGUCACAAAGGAGCACCUGUGGGCUGCUGGCCGUUUUUUUUUGGGG